CAAGGCAAGAGCGCGGCAAGGCAGCCGUGCGCGCUCGGGGAGAGACGGGGCGGGGCUCCGCGCUUGUUGUUCGUCACUUGGUGCAAAGCCCGAGCGAGUCUCCGGAGAGAACAACGAGCUCAUUCACGGAGUGGCAGCGAGGCGGGCAGCCAAACCGGGCGAGGAGCGCGCCCCGCCAGCCUGGAUUUUCCUACUCGCCCUCCAUCCAGCGACAAGCCCUUCCCCGGGAUUUGCAGCCGCGCGUGGCGCACCCUCCCGGCCCCAUGCCGCCGCUUCUCUACCUGUCCCUCCUGCCGGGGCUCGUCCUCGCCUUCAACCUGGACACGGGCAACGUGGUCAUGUGGAGCGGGGACUCCGGAAGCCUCUUCGGCUUCUCCCUGGCGAUGCACCGGCAGCUGCAGCCCGAGGACAAGAGGCUGUUGCUAGUUGGUGCCCCUCGAGAAAGAGGAUUCCCGUCACAGCUAGCGAAUAGAACUGGAGGGUUGUACAGCUGUGACAUCGCAACUCCAAAUGCGAAAUGCACACGGAUAAAAUUCGAUGAGAAAGCUGAUCUGAGUAAAGAAAGCAAGGAAGACCAAUGGAUGGGUGUUACUGUCCAAAGUCAGGGUCCUGGGGGAAAAGUCGUGACUUGUGCCCAUCGCUAUGAGAAAAGGCAGUACGUCAACACGAUCCAGGAAACCCGAGAUAUCAUUGGAAAGUGCUACGUGCUGAAUCAGGACCUCUCCAGCAGCGAGGAAAUGGGUGGCGAGGAUUGGAGCUUUUGCGAUGGCCGGUUGCGAGGCCACGAGAAGUUUGGCUCCUGCCAGCAAGGCGUAGCUGCCACUUUCACCAGAGAUUUUCAUUAUGUUGUGUUCGGGGCACCGGGUGCUUAUAACUGGAAAGGAGUGGUGCAUGCAGAGCAAAGGAAUCAGUCAUAUUUUGAAAUGGGUAUCUAUGACGAUGGGCCUUACGAAGUUGGCGGGGAGAACCAGCUUGAUGAGAGCCUAGUUCCUGUUCCAUCUAACAGUUACUUAGGUUUUUCUCUGGACUCUGGAAAAGGCAUCACUUCGCAGGAUGAGCUCACUUUCGUGUCUGGAGCUCCGAGAGCAAACCACAGUGGAGCGGUUGUCCUUUUGAAAAAAGACACUGUCAUUCAACGGGCAUUGUCUCCCGAGCACACAUUUGAAGGCGAGGGGCUGGCCUCCUCUUUUGGCUAUGAUGUGGCUGUUGUAGACCUCAACAGAGAUGGUUGGCAAGAUAUUGUUGUUGGAGCACCACAGUACUUUGACAGGGAAGGAGAAAUUGGCGGUGCUGUGUACAUUUACAUUAACCAGGAAGGCAAGUGGGAAGGAGUCAAACCAGUUCGGCUCACAGGACCAGCAGACUCCAUGUUUGGAAUCGCAGUCGAAAAUAUUGGUGACAUUAACCAAGAUGGCUUCGAAGAUAUUGCUGUAGGGGCUCCAUAUGACGACUCUGGCAAGGUAUAUAUUUAUCAUGGCUCCAAGGAUGGGAUUAACACAAAACCAGCACAGAUUCUGGAUGGUGGGGCAAACGGAGUCUCAUCCUUUGGUUAUUCUAUCACCGGAAACAUGGACCUUGACAAAAACUCUUAUCCUGAUAUUGCUGUUGGGUCUCUUUCAGAUUCUGUAGCUGUUUACAGAUCGCGGCCUGUGGUGAACGUUAAGAAAACUAUUAAGAUAGACCCCGGAAGAAUAGACCUAAAGAAAAAAAACUGUGAAGUCCCCAGCGGGAUUUGCGUGAACAUUGAAGCCUGCUUUGAGUACACAGCUAGUUCCAGUGACUUCAACCCCAAACUAAUUCUGAACUAUACAAUUGAAGUAGAAAAUGAGAGGAGACGAUCGGGCUGGCCAUCCAGAGUGCAGUUUUCUGAUCGACUCUCUUCCAGAGGGCAGUCUCUUGAGCGACUCUCCGAUCAGCUGAGUGGGAGUGUGACUCUCCAAGGACAGAAGAAAGAAGAGUGUGUGACAAAAAAACUCGUAUUGCAGGAAAAUAUCAAAGAUAAACUGCGUCCAAUUCCUAUAACAGUUGGCGUCGCAAUAAACGGCUCCGAGUCCAGCUCUCAGUCAAGGAGGAGACAAGGACGGUCGCUCCCAGAACUUCUUCCCAUUCUAAAUUCCAAUGAACCAAGUACAGUUAAUGCAGAAGUACAGUUCCUGAAAGAAGGUUGUGGAGAAGACAAUAUUUGCCACAGCAAUUUGAAGCUUCAUUACAGAUUUUGCACCAAAGAAGGAAAUGAAGACAGAUUUUCCUAUUUACCAAUUAAGAACAACAUUCCAGUGCUUGUCCUCAAAGACCAAAAGGAUAUUGCCCUUGAAAUCACAGUGACAAACAAUCCGUCGGACCCGAGAGAUCCUGAGGCAGAUGGCGAAGACGCCCACGAAGCUAGACUCAUAGCUACCUUUCCAGAUAGCUUGACUUACUCUGCUUUUAGGGAGCUGAAAGCCUUUCCGGAGAAACAACUGACCUGCGGGGCUAACCCAAAUGGCUCUCAGGUAGACUGUGAACUUGGAAAUCCUUUCAAGAGAAAUUCUUCCGUUACAUUCUACGUGAUUUUAAGUACAACUAAAGUUAAUGUCGAUACCAAGGACUUGGACAUUAAUCUGAAAUUGGAGACAACAAGCAAUCAAGUUAAUUUAGAUCCAAUUACCGCUAGUGCUAAAGUAGUUAUUGAACUGCUUUUGUCACUCACAGGGGUGGCUAAGCCUGCCCAGGUGUACUUUGGAGGCAACGUCAUCGGUGAAAGUGCUAUGAAAUCUGAGGAGGAAAUUGGCAGCUUAAUAGAAUAUGAAUUCAGAAUAAUUAACUUGGGCAAGCCACUGAAAACAUUUGGCACUGCUUCCUUGGACAUCCUGUGGCCAAAAGAAAUCAAGGGAGGCAAAUGGCUGCUGUAUUUGGUAUCUAUCAACUCCAAAGAGUUAGGAGAAGUCCAGUGCGAACCUCGGAAUGAAAUAAACCCUUUGGGAAUUAAGAUGUCUCGAAGUUCAAGGACAAAACGUCAAGUCGCAGAGAAACAGACAGAGGGUGGCAAAAGCUUUUCUUUGUUUUCAGAAAGAAAAUAUAAGACUUUGGAAUGUAACAAGGAGGCAAACUGUGUCACCAUAAGAUGCCCACUACAGGGACUGGACAGCAAAGCAUCUGUUGUGUUGCGAUCAAGACUGUGGAAUAGCACUUUUCUAGAGGAGUACUCUAAAAUGAGCUACCUAGACAUUGUCCUUAGAGCAACCAUCAGCAUCGCUGCGGCAGAUAACAUUAAGCUGGCAAACGAAGCUACUGAUGUGCGGGUGACGGUCUUCCCUGCAAAGACGGUAGCUCUGUAUAAAGGGGUGCCUUGGUGGAUCAUCUUAGUAGCUAUUCUCGCAGGCUUGUUAAUGCUUGCUCUGUUGGUAUUCUUGCUAUGGAAGUGUGGGUUCUUCCAGCGUUCCAGGUACGAUGACAGCGUCCCACGCUACCACGCUGUAAGAAUUCGGAAAGAGGAGAGGCAGAUCAAAGAAGGAAAAACUAAAGAGAAUUAUGCAAAAAAACAGUGGAUCACAAAAUGGGAUGAAAACGAAAGUUAUUCCUAGGGAUCACCCCUGAACUGAAGGCUCAUUAAAUUAAAAAAAAAGUGUAUUUGAUUCACAUGAUGGAAGGAUGGAAGUCCUAUGUAGAGAAACAGCUGCCUUAAACAAAAUAUUGUUACUUCUAUACGAAAGCAUUUUUUUGUUUUACAGACCUAACUUUUAAGACUGCUAAAACCAAUCUACAUGCCUUAUCUAAAAUGUCCAAUGUUCAAAAGCCAUUUCAGUUUUAAUCGAAAUUAUCAGGCAGGAAAGGAAGAGGGAAGAGAGUCUGUAGAGGCAAAAUAAUCUCAGGCUGCUGUGUCUCUGUCUGAAAUGGUCGAGCCAAUUGUGUGGGAGAGCCGAUUGUCCAAGAGCUAAAUAGAGAUGAAGUAGCCUGAGAUAUGUGGCUUAUUAGAACUCUCCUGCGAGAAUUUGGAGUGUGCAUUAGUUUGAACUGCAUGUUCAGUCCUGUCUCAACCUGGCUAACCUUCUUGCCCUGUUUUCUUGCAAACCUGAGCAGCUAACCUAUGAAAGAUACUAUGAUCAUUUCCCUAAACAUGGGUGCUCCUUAAGAUUUCAGUUCAUUGGUCUUUUGUUAUUUAAAUCUGUGUCUUGGUAGAAGGGGAUAUCGCCUUGCAUGGAACGCAAUGCCACUUUUUGUGUGAGGAGAGUCCAGCCACACAACACUACACAGACACAUAUAUGGUAUGAGACUUGAGUGUGACAGAGUGGCAUUGCCUACCUCUCCCAUUUGUGGUUGCAACUUCCCAGUGGUAGCAAGCCAAGCAUUAACUUUGGAACAUGCUUUAUAUUCCCUGGUUUUUAGGGGCAUCCCAGCCCCCCCAAAAAACCUGGAAGAUACUCUCUCUUGCUCUCAUGCAUAUGGAAGCUGGUUGUAAGUAUUCACUUGCGAGAGACACUCUGCAAAUGGUCGCAAGUUUAUUCCUUCCCAUUUCUAGGAUUAAGCCAUGGCACUGAAAAUAGAUUGUAAACUUUAAUGGGGGUCUGCUAAAAUCAAACCUUUCACUUUGCCCAUGUAAAGUAACGGGUUCUUUCAUUUUGGGGGGAAUGUAUGGCUUGGAUUUUGAAAGGCUUUUUUUGUUUUUGUUUUGUAAAAAAACAAAACCCCACAUGCAACAGAAGCAAACGUUUCCUGACAUUUUGUCAAGCUUUCGUACAUUUGGUUGAUUGUUGGGUUUAUUUGUUUUUUGUUUCUGCCAAUACAUGUGUAUGUGUUCUUGUAAAAAAAAAAGUAUGCAUUCAAGAACCGAUGCAAAUUGGUGUGGCUAAAUUUCUAAAGGAGAGGUGAAGCUUAGCUUUGUCUGGAAGUCAUAUUCACGCAAAAGCCAUUCCUUCUGUCUAUGAAUAUAUGGAGAGUAGGCGAUGUUUCUCAGUAGUGAGAGCAUGGCGCUUUGCAUGCGUUUAAAUAGGGUUGCCACAUUACCCAAAGCUGGGUUUUUUUAAGCGUUUCUUUUUUUAAAAAAAAAGCCCUCCUUGCCAUAUGUCCAGGUUUUCCCGAUUCAUUUUGCCACUUCAGGAAAUAUCCACCCUGACUCCAUUUUGCAACCCAAUUCCCACGUGUCCACGGAAAACCCGGACAUAUGGCAGCCCUAAUUUAAAGGCACUCUUUCCUUUCACUACUGUACUGAUCCUACUGUGGCAAAGGGAGGGGAGUUUUAAAAUUACUGCCCUGCCACCCGAAAAAUCAUCACCCACCAAAAUGCAUAGCCGCAUUGACAUGUGUACGUCAGGUAAUUUUGAAAUCUCCAACAGUGCAAUCGUAUACACGUCUACUCAGGAGCAGGUCUUGUUGAGUUUCAUGGGUCUUACUCCUAAAUAAGCAUCUAUACGAUUGCACCCUAAAUCUGCUAAUUCCUUGUCCUAACUCUUGUGCGCAGCCAUGGUAGCCAGCAUUAUCUUAAAAUGUGCAAUAGGCCAUCUUUCAAUCAUGCUUUUUAAAGAUCAGUUUGUGUGCCCCUCUUGCUCACCCCAAAUAUACACAGGUUUGUUUUUCAAAGCUUGAAUAUUGGUUGUACUUUUUGUAUAUACUGUAAGUCAUUCCUAUAUAUUUAUUUUUACCAUAAAUCUUUGUCUUUGACUAACUGUUAAGCCAAAGAUUUUCUUUUUUUAAUGAACUUUAAAUAUAGUGAGCAAUAGUGUGUAAGAGUUCAGGGUUUAAGACCGAACACUUUCCACCAGAUGUGCCAAUUCUUAAACCUUUGGAUACCAACGACUAAAACAUUCUUGUAAAAUCCUUCUUUAUACAUAUUUCUGAUUGUGUAAUAGAGGAAGUAUUGUAUCUUCAGAAUAAUUUGUGCACUAAUGCAUACCUGCAGAUGUUUUAUCGAUAGAAGUUUUAUAUGACUAACUUAUGUGGCAAGUGUCCCAUGGGUGGGUGGGGGGACAGGGGGGAGGUUUUCUAGCUUUGUAUUUGCAACAAGAUCAACUACUGCAAAUGUUAUCGCACUUGAAACAAAGGAUAAGCUACGAAUAAAUUUAACUAUGGAUCUUCACCGGUCCAAUUUAAGACUACUGACUAAAUGUCCUAAAUACCUAAAUUUUGAUUUUAAGAAUAGUUCCAUACAGUUUGAUACUUGUGAUUGUAACCAAGGUAUUUGCUGUUGUUGUUUUUUAAGCUACAUCUCUAUAUAUUAAAAAAGCCCUCAUUGGUACUGAUUAAGCAAG